GAUUAAUGAGUUAUCAAGGUAUAAUAAAGACUGGAGUGAUACUAGGAAAUGCUCUCUUAUUAACAGGAGGCUACUUGGUUUAUAAAAUGCUCUAUGCCAAUUACUUAAAAUUCAAAAAGGAGUCGAAAAGAUUGGCAGAUGGCGGAUAAUCUGAUUAUUAAUAUUUGAUUGAUGCUUUCAAUAAGGAGGGCAAAGAAGGCCAAAUAGUUCAAGUCAAUGACAUCUCUUUCAUUGGAACUUCUGAGUAAAAUAUUAAUCUAUCCAAAGAACGAUUUCCCCAACAACCUUUGUGCAUUCAAAAGUCAAUAAAAUAUAGAAAUUUAUUUGUGUCAAAGGAACACUACACGAGUACAACAAAGAUAUUAUUCAGACUUAAUGGGUCAAAGCAUUUAAUUUGAAAGAUCAAAAUAAUCACCAUGUCAUUGUCCAUGUAAAUAACAAAGACUCAUUUAUGCCUUCAAUAUUUUAAAAAGUAUUGCCACCUUCAAAAGAAGAGGGCUCAAUUGAAAAUGUUAAGGAAGCAUUUAGCGUGAACGUUUCAGAGAACGGAAUAGCGGUAUAAGAUUUUCUUAUAGAAAUAGUUUGGAUCAAGCCUGUAUGUGUUUGGUAAUUUCAUAAAAAAUAAAUUGGGAUAGAUCUAAUGUGUGGAAUCGAAAGUGAUUUGUAAGGCAGCUGAUGCAAGAAAUUCCACCUAGAAUUAUUCUUAUGCGUAUUUUGUUGGGGCUGCAUGUGUGGCAACCCUUUGUUUGUUGAUUUCUGGGAUUUCCAUCUAUUACACAUUCCAAUAACCAGAGGAAAAGCAGAAUAAAGUCCGUUCAAAUAGAAGAUGAUUAUUAUAUCAAAAUAGAUAAUACAUUUA